AUGAAUCAAAUCAUAGAAAUCGAUGAUGAUAAAAUCGGUAAACCACAUAACGGCAAACCUAUUACGAAGAUAGAAAUAUCACCAAAUGAAAAAUGCCUUGUUACUUACAGUGAAGAAGAUAACUCAAUUUUCUGUUGGAACGUUAAUAAUGUAAACGAGGGUUCAGAUGGGAACGUUAAUAAUGUAAACGAGGGUCAACUUUACCCAAUAAAUACUUCCAUCGAAAUACCAGAUAACAUUACUAUAAACCAAAUAUGUGUUUCAGAUGAUAUGAAACUUGUGUAUAUUUACGAAUUUACUGAAAAAAGUCAAAUUAAUAAAAUAAAAAUAUAUGAUAUGAAAAAUAAUCAAAAAAUUGAGUUAGAUUAUGACCUUGAUGAAUAUGAAUAUUGCACCUUUAGCUUAGAAGGUGAAUUUAUUUUAUAUAAUAGAGACAGUGUACAUAAAAAAUUGCAAAAAGUUAUUAUUAUUUAUUCCACGAAAACUAGAAAUAAUAAAUGGAGAUGUAAAAGAAUGUAUAGAUUACCAAUAGAAUUUGAAUUGAUUACGUCAAAAGAUGAUAACUUUUAUUUAUUUGCAAAUAAUUCGAUUUAUGAAUGGAAUAUUCUAACCAAAAAUAGUAUAAAAAUAUUCGGCAGCGAUGAGAUGGAAUAUAAAGAUAUGUCGGAAAUUAGAAAAGAUUUCAAAAUUUUCAGUAAUGAAAAGUUUAUUUGUACCAGAAUCAAGAGUAAAAUUAUUAUUUAUUCAAUUGAAUUAGAAAUUCCUAUUGCUUCUUUGGAUAUAAAUAAUGACAUUCAAAUAUGUAAUUAUAUGAAUUAUAUGAAAUAUACUGGUUUAAAUUUACCUUUAUUACUUCUAUUAUUAAGUACUAAUACUAGUAAAAUUUGGAACUACGUCAUGGAAUAUUGUUGGAAAGAACGUUUAGACCAGAAUGAACAAGAUAACAUUCAAACUAAAACCAAAUCAUUUCGAAUUCUAGAUGGAUAUGUGUGGAAAGCUGAAGUUGAAGAAAAAAUAUCAAAUAUAAAUUUGAUGGACGAAUUCCAUGAUAAAAUUAUUAAAAACAAAAAGGUAGAUGAUAAAAUCGGUAAAGAUUUGAAUGAAGCAUAUGAAACGUAUGAACACUUAAAUAUUCAUUUAUUUAGUCUAUAUACGAGUAAUAUACUUAAAUUAUCUCGAGUCAUCGAGUCAAACUUUGAAUAUCAAAAUAAAUUAGAAUCCUUAGAAUCCUUGGAAUAUAAUUCAAUUAGAUGGGAAAUUAGUACUUGUAAUGAAAGAUCAAUUAUACUGCAAGUUUAUAGCUUAAAUAAGGAUAAUAAGGAUAAUGAUGAUUUAAUUAGCUCACGAACUGAAAAUUUUAAUGCUCCUAAGGAUAUCUUCUUACUUGGAAUUGAGUUACUUAAUGAUAAUAAUAUCAUUUUAAUAACAACAAUAGGCCUUUUUAUUUAUCAUUUAAAUGAAAGAAACAAAUCAAUUUCUUUAAACUAUUUUUAUUAUACAGAGUUAGACAAAGAUUCAUUUAGGAAAAAUUUAAAAAUAUUUUUGACAAAAAAAACUUUACCUUUACCAAAUUAUGAUAGUUUUAAAUUAAGUGAAGAAUGGGUACAAAACGUAAAAAAUAAUAGGGAGAGUCUCUUGAAAUAUGGUGUUGGAUUAUUAGAAUUUGCAAUUAAAGAACAAAAGAUAGAAUUAGUUGAUGAUAUCUAUAAAAAAUGUAUAAGUUACUUUAAAAAAGAUCUAAGGAACAAUAGAAUGUUUUUAAGUAUUAUUACUUCUACAAUGCCAUAUUUUAAUGAAUAUUUUCCUGAUUAUAUUACAAAAUAUUCUUUAGAAACAGCAAUGAUCAUAGACAAUCCUAUUUACAAUAUAGAAUAUCGGCAACACAAAUCACAACUUCAUUCUUUUCAAUAUCCUCAAAUAGCUGAUUUAACUAAAUCUAUUUUAUGGUUAAGGUACAAUACGUGGAUGGGCAAAUUAGCUGAAAAUCAUGGAAAAUAUUUCACCAUUGCUAAACUUUUAAUUAAACUUUUAAUAAUUUUACCCAUUUUUCCAAUUUAUUUUUUUACAUUUUAUAUAUUAUCAAAAUUCCAUUUUAUUAAUGAUGCUUAUGAAAAUGGUACAUAUUCUAUUUAUUAUGACCUUGUUAGCUUUUUUGAUAAGAAAUUAUCAAAAAAUAGAACAACACCGAUAAUUACUUUUAUGAUUCCUUAUAUUAAGUUUAUGAAUUAUCCACGAGAUUAUGGUUGGUUUCGGGAAUUAAUUUUACCUCAACAUAGUCCUUUUGUUGACUCAAUAAGGAGUGAUAUCUUUAAAACAUUGGAUGGUGAAGCAUUAAUUAAUUUUAAAUGGAAUACUUAUGGAAAAUAUUAUCAUUCAAUAAUUUGGAUUGGAUAUGCAGCAUUACUCGUAUGUUUUGAUACGGCUGCUGGAAUUCCAGAUCGAUAUAUUGGUGCAGAUAUUCGAAAUAAACUUUUAAUUGCUUCGUCUAUACUUGGAUUCCUUCACCUUAUUUUUGAAUUUCGUCAAUUUAUUUAUGAUCCUGCAAAGUGGAUAAGAAGUUAUGGAAACAUUAUUGAUACAUGUAUAUACUUUCUUCCUACUUUCACUUCAAUUUUAUGGCUUCGAACAAGUGAUUAUCAUCAGAUAAUUCCAUAUUCAACUUUUUCGUGCCUGCUAUUAAAUUUAAAGUUAAUAUCAUUUUUUAGAAUAUUUGAGAUUUAUGAUGAAUAUUACACAAUCGUCAUUAGAAUUGCUAAACGGGCCAUAUUUUUCUUUGCAUGCUUUAUAAUGGUUAUUUUGGCAAGUUUCGCAUUUGCAUUUUAUAUUUUAUUAUCACCGAAAGAGGAUUAUUCUUUAGAUACACGUACAUUUAAUGAUGACCCUAAUAAUCCUUGGAACUUGACAGCUACUUAUCAAGUAUUUGUAAAUGAAACCAGCACUAGUCCUAAUCUAUUUAUUUUACAACAACCUGAUGAGAACACAAAUAUGUUUACAAACUAUGCUAACUCACUUUUUGCAACGUGUCUAUUACUCACAGGUGAUACAAGCUCGUUAUCCAAUUGGCCUUAUGAAGAAAAUCCAACACUCAUGAUAUUAAUGAUUUUGUUCGCAUUUGCAAUGGCUAUAUAUAUUCUGAAUGUAUUUAUUACCCUAUUUGGUGAGGCUAUGCAAGAUAAUGAAGAAUCAUAUUUGAUAAUGAAGGCAGAGUAUUUGGUUAAAAUUGAGUUAUUUUACUUAUUACCAUUUCAGAGACGUUGGAAAUCAUGGUUUCCUGAAGUAAUACAUUAUCAUGCCGGUAUAAAAAAGACUCGAAAAGAAAUUAAAAAAAUGAUUGAACAUAAAGAAUGGAAAACCAAGGAAUUCCCAAAUCUGAAACGAAGGUUAACGGAAGAACUCGAAAUUGAAGAUGAUACGCUAAAAGGAAUAUAUAUAGAUAAAGCUACAACAUAA